AUGCCACAACAGAAACGGACAUACGAUAAUGCUGGUUUAAAUGAUGAUCAAAGUGUUUUGAACUCUCAAAACAGUGCAAUCAAGACUACCAAACUGAGUCAAUGUAAUGAGACCAAACCUUUGGGUUUAUUGACCAGUUCUUUGACUAAAGAUCAAGACAUUGCUGGCAUCUCAGACACUGAAUCGUGUAGUUCACUGGACAGCGAGACUUGGGAAGAAGUGGUUGAUCCUGAUAUACCUCCCGAGUCAUCAACAAUUGAGAUUCUUUGUUCAGAAGUCAUUACAAAACCCAAGGAAAAAAGACAAGGAAUCACUAGACAGCAGAGGAAGCAACACUCCACUCUGCAUAAAGUUCACUUGCUGACACUCUUGUCGGCUGCAUUACAUCGUAAUGCAAAGUGUUGCAAUGCAAUGCUUCAGAGCAUGCUGAUGUCGCUUUUACCGUUUCAUCUCAUUCAAGGCAUAGAAACCUUGCGUCAGCAAAAGUCACCCACUCUUCCUUAUCUGACAGAUUUACUACAGUGGUGGUGCAGGCAACUGGAUUUACCAAAACAUACUAAUAUUGAUUUUAAAAAUGUAUCUUCCAUAAACAGUCGUUGCUUUCAGGUACUUCAAGACUUUGGACUGAGCAAUCAUGAGGAAAAAUCGAAUGACACAGAAACCUUUACUUUGGGAUUUGUUGCAUUAUGUCGAUCCAUUGGAUUGGACAUCAGACUGGUUGUUGCACUGUAUCCUAUUCCUCUUUCUUUAUCCUUGAAAAAGAUGGAUGCAGUGCAUAAUCCGCUGAAUCUUUGGUGCGAAGUGUACUCUUGGGAUCAACAACUCUGGAUCCCAUUGAGGAUUGAGUCAUGUACAGUCUAUGAUCCCUUGCGUCCUUGGGAUGCCAUUGAACAGAAAUCACUUUGCUACGUCAUUGCAUUAGAGCCGUGUAAUAUUAUCAAAGAAGUGACGCGACGAUACGCAUCGCUAUGGAGUACUACCACAAGAAAGCUACGGCUUCCUUUGAAAGAGUCUGGCGAUGGUUGGUGGAAACUAUCGCUUUGGUUCUACUCCAAGUCUUUUAAAUCUACACGCGAUGAACAUGAAGAUAAUGUGACUUCGAUUCUUCAGUUGACAGAAUCUAUGCCAAACACUUUUUCUGGAUUUGUAGACCAUCCAUUAUACGCACUGGAAAGACACUGUAAACAAAAUCAAGUGAUUUACCCAAAUGGAAAAAAGCAUAUUGUUGGCACAUUUAAAGGAGAACCAAUCUAUCCCCGUACACAUGUGCAAACGAUUCGAAGCUCAGAGUCUUGGAAGCGCUUUGGAUAUCAAAUUAAAUCUGGAGAAUCGGGUGUUGUUUUAAAGCAAAAAUCUCUAGCCGAUUCAUCCAAAUCAUUCAAUAUAGAGGAUCAAGAUAUGUUUAUAGAUUCAAAUGAGACGAAUGGUUCUGUUUGGCUUUACGGAGAAUGGCAGACUGAACCCCUUGAACCUCUUGCACUAAUAGAUGGAAUUAUUCCUCGCAAUGAUUUCGGUAACAUUGAAAUAUUUCAUCCCAGGAUGAUUCCUCGUGGAGCUGUUCAUAUUCGAGGUACACAAAUUGGUGUUGAUAGUUUGAGUAUUAAACGGAUGGUGUUGAACAGGAUAUGCGUUGACUUGUCUUUUGUACUUGUAGGCAAAGGAGCAUGCCAUAUUGCAAAACAGCUUGAAAUCGACUAUGCAUCUGCCAUUACGGGGUUUCAAUUUGGAAGAGGCAAACCCAUUCCACUGUUGGAUGGAAUCAUAGUAACAGCGGAAAAUGGCGAGAUCAUCUUGGAAGGGCUGGGAGAGGAAGAAAGAGCAAAGCGUAAUGCAUAUCUUCAAAAACGGCAACUGGAUGCGCUUGGCCGAUGGAAACGGCUUACAAUCGGAAUCAUAUCUCGAGCUAGAAUUUUCAGGGACUAUUAUCGAGAUACUGCAUAA